AUGCUUCUGGAGAUGUUAUUUAUCGACAAAAAUGACUAUUUUACGACAACAACAACUGAAGGCACAAGAACUUUUUCGGGUUCAACAGAAGAUUUUAUUCGAUUGGAUAAACCGUUUUUCAAAUCCGAUGGCACUUUACAAGUCAUCUUUGGACGCAAAAGUCAAUCUAGACAAUCGGCGACACAUGCUGGAUUUCGUGCAGUUCUCAAAACAUACAAUAUGACAAUGGGAGAACAAUGCGGUGGCGAAAAACUGAUUAACGACAGUUAUUUUAUAACAUCGCCAAAUUACAGUGAUGAAUACGACAAUAACGAUCAUUGCGAUUGGGUCUUUCAGUCUGAGAAACCUUUACGAGUGGUCGUUGUUGAUUUUGUUGCCGAUGAAAAUACCGAUAGUUUUCAGAUUGUCGAUUCAGCUGGUACAACAGUAAACUUGAGAGGUGACCUCUCCUACGAUACUCCACUAGCAUAUUACUUUGGGAGUCGAAUAGAAAUACAUUUUGAAAGUGGUUUUUCAAACAGUACAAAUAAUGUACGACGAUUUUCAUUGUUAAUCGAUCCAUACGAUGUUCCAAACACCAACGUAACUACGACUUGUUUGAGGACCGGAACUCACGAUCUCUCUACAGAAAAGCUAGUUAAAAUUGGAACACCAAACUACAAAACUGCAGCGUAUCCAGACAAUCUAGCUUGCAACUACAGCAUGGAGAGUGAAGUGUGCUGUGAUGGCCUGAUAUUGGACGGUAUAGGACAAGGCUGGGAACUUGUUGGUGCAAGAGAAGAGGGUAUUUAUGUGGCAAAAACUGACAGCCCGGUUACCAUGUAUUUUCAUUCAGAUGGUGUUCGACAAGCAUCUGGUUUUUCUGGCACAGUCGAAACUCAAGAUUGUAACUGUAAUGAUCAGGUUGUAAAUAUUAUUGCCGGAACCACUUACCGAGUAACAUCGCCAGGGUAUAAUGCUUCCAGGAAUGUAGUAUAUUGUUCGAAUUUGUAUUGCAACUGGCAAUAUAAUUUUUUCCUCAACCAUACUUUGGAGAUCCAGUUAAAGUUUCUGAAGUUUCGGGUCCGUCAAGGUGAUCAACUUGUGCUAACCGACUACAAAGAUGACGUUUUGGCAACUUUGACUACAGAUUCAAAUACCAAUGAAACAAAACCGUUGCUAACGGUAGUUGGCGGUCUUAUUAACAUAACCUUCAUUACCACUAACUCUACCGUGGGAUACUACAAGACUGCAGAGAUAGCAAAAGGCUUCGAGCUGCUGUUGGAAGCAAAACCCAUACGUUACAAAUACGAAGAGCAUUAUACACUAAGCGAAGCUAACCCGAUACAGCAGUUUUCAUUUGAUACUGAUCCUGGCGAUAUGCUGUUCUUUAGCAUUAAGUCUACACAGAAUCAGCAAGUGACACUUUUCGCGUACAAUUUACCAAAACACAGCGAAUUUACUUUGGAAAUUUUUGACGGUCCGGAUAUUAGAGCACCAUUAUUGGCCACCAACAAUUUCACAACUAACAACGAAAGUGCUAAUUUUGUUAGCAGCAUAAGGAGCAGCGGAAAUACUUUGGCAUUCCGAUUUUUGAAUCCUACCAGUCAACGCCACCGUGUUUUUGCUGGUUUAGUAACCAAUCUACUCGACGAUAUGUACGAUGAGUACUGCGUCAAUCCGUUUUUGCUGCAGUUUGACGAAAUUCUUGAAUACGAAGUGACAGCUCCAUGGAACGUUACGGAUGCAACACUCUACCAUUGUCAUAUGGUACUGCACUACGUAGAAGACGAUGGUAGCAUUCGGAAUGGAAUGCUGUUAAAAAUUCAUAACUGGACUGAAUCAUCUUUCCCGGUUUACAAGGGAGCCACAAUUAUUGACAAGUUCUUAGUUACAGAGCAACUUCCAGCCCCAUCAUUCCUAUUCGGCAACUAUUUGACGUUCACCUACAACUACUCUUCACCUCCAUUCCAAAUUUACGCAAAAAAAACUAAACUUCAAGACAAUCAGUUACAUGUGCUUCUUGGAAAUACUUCUUUAGGUUACCUUUUCUCUCCAGACUUCCUAGCAACUGAUGAUUAUGGGUAUCCUAUUUUCGUGUAUUGUGAAGCUAAUGAUGGCACUCUUAAAACUGAAAGAAAUUAA